AUGCUCUUCGUAUUUUAUCCUCUUUCCCUAUUCCUGACGUAUUUGGCGUCCAAUAUUGAUCAUGCGUUUCGAAACCGAUCAAAGAAUUUGCAUGCUUCCUGCCUAAACAUCGGCGUGGGGAGCAACAGAGCCAUAUUCGGCAUGUUGUCUGCCUUGUGUGUGGUACUAUGGUCGUUAUGUGCCGUGGCUUUAUUCUAUAUUGCUGGAGUCCUACCCGACCCGGACAACCCAUUCACUGCUACUCAGGUUAGCUUUCACACGUGGAUUGUAAGUUUGCUAAAUGAGUCCAUCUGGAUAAUAGCGUACUUCUCCGUUAGAGACUCGGACAUCACUUUGUCUCCCAUUUCGAAAUGGGAGAUAAUCGAGAUCGUGCUUGGUUCUUCUCGAAUAGCUAUACUCUCUGGACUUGUCUGGAUAUAUUGGCGGAUCAGUAAAUGGAGAUACAACGAUCAACGGGAAAGCCGAGCAUUGCUGGGCCCUUCUAGUAUCACUCAUGCCGAAAAUGGCGUGACUAGUCAUUACGGAUCUACAAGUGGGAGUACUGGCGGCAUAAGCGGCCGAGAUGGCGAUGCUCAAACGACAACGUGGCUGGACUAUCUCGUUGGCUUUCGAAAAAUUUUGCCCUUUCUUUGGCCAUCGGAUAGUAGCAGACUUCAAGUUCGAGCUAUAUUCUGCAUUUUUCUACUUAUCCUGCAGCGCGUCGUCAACAUCGUUACACCGCACCAACUUGGGGUAGUCGUUAGGUCUUUGGGUCCUGGAAAACUGCUUCAUCGGCUGAGCGCAGCUGCGUUUGACUAUGUACUUUGGCUUUCGCUCGACUUCCAUCUGAGCAAUAGGCUUGGAAAGGUAGCCAGUGCCUUAAGCAAAGGUAAUGCUUUUAAUACGUUUUUAGAUACUAUAUACUUCUUUUUUAUGUUAGACGCUUCAUAUGCUUUCAUUGUACUAAGUGUUAUACGGUUUUAUUUUUAUUUAACUAUUUAUAUGGCUAAAUACCGGGGGCAGGUUAGGCGAAAGAUGGCGACUAGGGAGAGGGCAAUGGAAGCUGCAAAAACCGAUGCACUUUUGUCGUAUGAGACGGUAUACUACUGUGGUGCUGUACCAGGUUUUCAAAACGCCGAGUACCGAGUACUGUUCUCCCUUAACCUUCUAAAUGUAACCCAGAAUAACAUCCUCACGGUCGCCUCUCUACUAAUAUGCUACCUAGACGCAUACCAUAUAUCCAUGAGGCGACAAGAUGUUUCCAUGUUUAACAACCUGAUCAAUGCCGAACGCAUGUUGGAACUAUUCAAAAAAUUACCAGGGGUCACAGGUCGCAAAGGUGCUAUCGACCUUGACACUUAUGCCGGCAAGAUAUCCUUCAAGGGAGUCUCGUUUGCAUACAACGGCAGCCGGAAUCAAGCCCUAAAGGACGUGUCCUUUGACGUUGAGCCCGGAACAUCAGUCGCUAUCGUGGGCGAAAGCGGAAGUGGUAAGUCUACAGUUUUGAAGUUGCUGUUCCGAUUCUACGAUGUCGACCAUAGCUCCAUCGAGGUCGAUAGCAGGGACAUACGAAACCUUCGCCUCCAAAGCCUUCGGGAUUUCAUUACGAUUUUAUUCAACAACACUCUGAUGUACAAUCUCCGCUACUUAGCCCCAAACGCGAAUGACGAAAUGGUGUACGAAGCCUGCAGGGCAGCGAACAUCCAUAACAAGAUUCUUAACUUCCCCAACGGCUAUGCUACAGUAGUUGGGGAAAGGGGUCUCAAAAUCUCCAGCGGGGAGCGACAGAGGGGCAGGACGACGCUGACAAUUGCGCACCGGCUGUCCACUAUAAAAAACGCCGACAAAAUCGUUGUUCUCAGCGGCGGGCAUGUGGUGGAGUCUGGGAAGCACGGUGAUCUUCUCACACACGGUGGGGCAUAUGCGCGUAUGUGGUCGAAACAAAAUGAGAAGAAGGUGGACUAGGAGCGUAAUACCCCAAAGAGCGGGCGCGAGACGUUGGUAGGAGUGCAUGAAAACGCAACUCUGACUAUCGAGACUAUGGCCCGAUACGUCGUGCUGAUUCCAUCAAGCGCCACCGCAUGUAACAUCACAUGAAUUCAGAACCCCCGUCAAUGCUGUAAGCGAUCGGUGGGAGUUCUUGGUUUGACGCAGUGAGCUCUUGCACGCAUGAAAUCAGGCGUGAUUCGGACCGGUAUAAUCCUUGGCCGCCCAAGGAAGAGACAAGAUGCGGUUGACUAACUGAGUCCUACCGACUUCCGCCUGGCCAGGUUCUGUAACGUAUGACGAGGGGCGAUAGAAAUAACCUAAAGCAUGAGGUCUGCUAGGAUCCUGAGAUGAUUGGACGCGUGGGUGACGACAGGGCACUCCAAGUUUUGACAUUUGCAGCCUCAAAGUUGAGCGUUUAGCCAAUCGUAUGAUCAUGAAUGGUGGUAGUCUGAAAAGAGUAGAUGGCGCUCAAUAAGGUAACAAUAGCUCACCUCUGAAAUAUAUUAAAUUUUAUUAAAAACACUUUUUUCAAUAUGUUAAUACCUAUGACCCUACGGCAGACGUCUAGUCCCCUGGACGCAGCAAAAGG